AUGGCGGACGAAGCGGAUGAUAAACAACCCAAUGGGUCUGAAGAAUCAGAGGAAAAUGGCACACAGGAAGAUGAUAUAACCUUUGUUGAUGGUCAGCUUUCAUAUAUAGGACACGAUGCUGCGGAAAUUCCUGAGAAGUUAAUUACUGACUAUGCUAGCAUCACUCGCAGACUAGAUCUGAGCUUCAACCAACUACAGUCUCUGAAUGGAUUAGAUCAAUUUGUCAAUCUAGAAGAAUUGAUACUUGAUAAUAAUUGUUUUGAUGAAAAUUUAAAAUUUCCAAAGAUGGAAAGCUUACACACACUUACAGUGAAUAAAAAUAAAAUUACCAAUUUAAGCAAUAUAGUGCAAAAUCUUGCCUCCAACCUUCCUGGACUGAGAUACCUUAGCAUGCUUGGCAAUGUUGCGUGUCCAAACCAGUUAUCUGACCAUGAGAAGGAUGAAGAAGACUACAGAAGAUACAGAUUUUAUGUUCUGUUUCAUUUAAACAAUUUGAAAUUCCUGGAUUCUUCACCUGUAAAACUUGAAGAAUUGGCUGAAGCCAAGCGUGUUGGACCAUUUAUGCAGAUUAUCAAGGGUACUGCUGAGACAUUGAUUGAAGGUGGAAAAGAAGAGGAAGAUCCUACUGGGUACACACCCCUUCCUGAAUCUCAGAGGAAAGUGGAUGACCACAAAGGUUCAUAUGGAAGAAGUAAAUACGUAUAUUAUGGAAGACAUUCUGAAGGCAACCGGUUCAUUCGUAAUAAUGAUUUGUAGUUGUUAAAAUGAACAAACAACAAAAUAAGUUAUAGUGCCAAGUUUUUUUAUGACAGUCACACCCUAGUGAUUAGUUGACUAUAAGGAUUUCACAUUUACAACAGAUUUUAACAAGAUAGACAGAAUCGUUUCAUGACAAUAUUUCAUCUUUUCUUGUAAAUAUAUGAAUUAAUGGUCUGCUAUCAUUUUUUUAUUUUUGAGGAAACUGUUUUGGUAUCAAUUUUCAAGAUGGCCCAUUCAUGUUUUUGAAGUUUUUUCAAAAAUGUUGUUCUCCCAAAAGAAUUGCUCUCAAUGUUUUGGUGAAAUUUUCCACAUCAAAAUUGAAGUUUUUAUGAAUUGAACUUGCGGGAAUUUUUUGCAAAAUGAAUAUUGUAACUGUAAAUGAUGUGGCUGUCUGCCUGCAAGUACAUCAAAGGUUUCCUGUUGUGUUCCUCUUGUAGGCAGAUGUAAGAUUUCUUCUUGGACUGCUUGUGGUGAGCAUGACAUUGGUUUAAGAAGAUUGUUUGCAUUGAAUGAAGAAAGCUUAAAAGAUUGUAUGUGAGUGGGUUUUUAGAUGAAAACUAUAUGCAACAACCUAAGAUCAUGUGUGUAUAUAUUUGUUUUCAAUUUGCUGCAAUGAAUAGAGUAUAUUAUUUUGAAAGGAAAAAAUGCACUGAAACUGGAAUGUCCUGUCUCUAGUAACAAGUGAACUAGUAUAUAUGUGUAUUGUAAGUCUUAUGUAAAGCUUAAAAGCUUGUUCAAGUCUCCAUUCCAGCAAAAGGACUCGAUACCAUUUUUGCGAUAUUUACUGGGUAAUGCAUCGUUACAAUAUCCAUCACAUAUGUCAUGUCCUAGCUGUAGUUAUUUUGAAAUGUGUUUAUUUAUGUAUAUUGUUGUUUUGUUUUUGUUGAAGAAACAUGUCAUUCAGAAACUGUCACAUUGGUCAGAAAAGCGUCGCCUUAUUCACAGGGUAAUUUCAGUGUUAUUCUGUAAAAGUAUUUUUUUGAUGGUUCAACAAUUUCCUCGGUUUUACAAAAAGCUUGAUGUUACAAGGAUGUCUUGAGUUCAUUAUCCCCCUACAACAAAUGUUGUUAAGGCGAUAAAGGAAUGUUCCUCUAUGUGUAUAACUCUUAUACUCACAAGCGAUCAGAUGGCCUCAUCCCUGGAGAGAUUUCAAUCAAACUUCACAUUCGUAUAAAGGAUGUUAAUAUCACAGUCUAGUUUGAGUUACAGGGUGGCACUGUCAAGGUCACAAUUACUUUUUCAGAAAAUCCUUGUCAGCACUCUGUAUUGGCUUCAUUCCUUGCAGGAUUUUGUUAAGAAUUAAGACAAUUGGCUAUCUUUUCAUUGUUCUAAAGUCAAUUUUUUAACCAUAAUGGAAUUUGUAUCACCUGCAUUAAUUGUUCGCGUUAUGAAUAUUGGUUUCAAUUUAUCUAGUUUUUUCAUUAUAUUUUAUUCCUCCUAGAAAGAAGCCAAAAAAAGAGUUCCUUGAGAAUGACAACUUUUAAAGUUGUAUUUUGUUAUAUAUGUAUUUUUCUAAGUCUUCCUAAAGUAAGUAAAGAGUUUUAGAAAUUAUCCAUGUCUACUCUUUAGCAGACAAUAUGGAGAUGUACUCUAAGUAUGUUAUUUACAUGAAAUACCCGGUUUAACAUUGGAGGGAUAAGCAAUCAGAUAUUACCUGAGGAAGAACUUUACUGUAUAAGCAUAUGAAUUAUUCUACAAUAAAUCCAGGGGUAACACAUGAUCUCUGACUCAAUAUAGGGAGGUGAGAUUGUCACAGAUCAGAGAUUAGGCAUUGCUUGAUAUUAUUACUGUAUUGGUUUAGACUUGAAUGGGCUUAUUAAUAGAUGCAUGGAAUCCCUUGGUGUUGUUUAUUCAUAAACUGCUGUAAUCAUGCUGUAAUUAUACAAUGUUGUUGUUCUAACUUUAUGUGUACACAUGACAUUAAAUUUCAUUGGUGUCACAAUCAACUGAUUGUUUUCACAUCAAUGAAAAAUAAUGGUCAGUAAUGUGCCAAUAUCAUAAUUUUAAAUAGUAUAUAAUACAAUGAUUUUUAUAAAAAUAAAAUUAAGUAGAUUUCAAUAUAUAAAAUUAUGAUUUAGUUAUCAGACUGUGAUCCUGAUGGGCUAGCCCAGUUAUGAUUACAAUCACUGACCCCAAUGUGUUGUAAACUGAGGUUUGAAAUGUGAUCUCAUGAACAAGUCUUACGGGGCUAUAUUUGAUACUCAUCAUUGCUGAUGCCAAAUUCAAUGUUUGUGAGAAUAAAGUAGUCAUGCACAUGGUCACACUUGUAGGGAAUAGGAUGUUGGGUAGUGUUAGUAUAUAUCCCCUGUGUAACAAUAUGAAAAAGUAUGUUCCAAUUGUAACGUUUAUUUCAUCUGUUAAAUAAAUUUGUUUCCCUGUUGACUGAUGAAUUAACCUUUCAGUUGAAUUCACUUUGCUGUUGACGUCACCUUCUGUUGAAUUCACUUGAAGCUCACGUUCCUGAAGAAGUGACUUGUUUCAAUGCAUGUCUUAUUUAUUUUGCCUCUGGAUCACAUCAAUGAUAAAUUCAUUCCUUCAGUUGAUUUCAACUCCAGGGCCCGUAUUCAUGAAACCAUUCUCAUGCUCAAGCAGACUUUUUUUUAUAAUUUGCCUAAAUCAUAUAAAAUAAUACAUAUGUCUAAUAUAAACAUUGAAUAUAACUUUGACUUGAAGUCCUUUCAAAUUUUUCUUUAAAUCUUUGACUAAAUCAGUCUUAUUUUUAAAUUUUUAACUUAAACAUGACAUAAGGCUUGAGCACAAAAUUCAUGUUUGAGCAUGAGGACGGUUUCAUGAAUACGGGCCAGAUCAUGCUGCUAGAUGAAUUUAUUCCUUGAAUUAAAGACAAGAUCAAAAUCCCUAAUGAAAUCCUUCUUUCAGUUGAAUUCAUUAUGAUCACACAUCCUGGAGAAAUCACUCUUGGAGUUAGAUCAAAUUCAAGAUUGAUUCCCCUUCCUGUUUGAGAUUUCUUUUUAAUUUCCACUUUACUUGUAUAUGUACAUUAGAUGUUGAAACUUUCAUUAUUGCAUUGAUAAGUCUUCAGUAUUUAAUGUGGCAGGGAGUAGUAACUGCAUCUACAAACAUACAAUUACUUGCCGUGAAAGAUAAUUUUCUUUUAAAUUGAAA